UUUGCAUUGCUGAUGCUUCUUGAUUUUGCAUUUGUUUCUGAGAGAAGAUCUGGUUUCACGGAUAUCUUCAUCCUCGAAAACUUCACUUUUCAAAUACAUUUAUCUCAUAUAUUCAUCAGCUUUGCAUUAACAUUAACUUGUUAUCACCUCGCCCAUCAUGCCCAGACACAAAAAUGCCCCCAGACCCGAACCCACACCUCCUAACCACAAGUUAGCCAAAGGAAUUCAUCACCCCUGGGUUCCGGGUAUUACAGCACAAAUCAUCUCCAAGAGCAGGGAAGCCUUCCCAAACCAUGACGCUCGAGAAAAAGAGCCUAUGAUUGCAGGCAAUGAAGACUCUGAAUACUAUAGACUUCAUACCAUCACGAAGUACAUUGCAGUGACCAAUAACGCAUCGUUCUCCAUUCAUCUCAAGGUCGAUAGACCCUAUCCGAAGACAAUGGAUUGCUCUCGUUUGCAAUUUGAGAUUUUUGUGGAUGGGGAAUUUGUCUGGAAUGAGUGGUGUUCGAGACCUGAUUAUCAGAGACAUGGAAAGGGGGUGUGGGAGUCUACUGUCGAUGGGAUGAAGGUGGGAAAAGGACGGAGUUGUGAGGUCAGCGGUUUUAGGUUUAGUGCUAUUAAGACCAGUGAGUUAUUGCCAAAUUCUUUUCUUUUGGUGAAAACUUUUGGCUUGGCUUCGGGCUUGAAGCGCGGGUGGAUGAAGUUUGUUUUCUAGCCAUGGGGGAGCAAAAGGAAACCCCGUGAAUCGAUGUGAUAACUGUAUGAGAUACUAAUGAGACUCUACAGACGAUGAGAGGCUAAACUCCACCGUUUUACAACGUAUCAAGGCUUCCAUGAGUAAGAUUGGCAAGAUUGAGAUCAGGGUCUAUAAAACGAAGUAUGGAAAAUUAGGCGGAGAUGUCAUGAAUAACAAGAAAGCCUUUCGGAACAAACACAACAUAAACGUUCCUGAAAAAGCAUUAAAGGGAGCUGAGGCAAAGAGUCACGGUACUGCGUGAGUAUGUUCUUCACCAUGUUUGAGAAUUCUUACGGAUGAGUGUCCAAUUAGGUUGGGCGAGGCCCGAAAGACGAGCCGAGGAACUGUUCUCUCAAACGCCCAAAAACAUGAUGAACGCCCAAUGGUCGUCUUUGUCUUUCUAUAUCGUUCCGAAGGUUUGUCUAGUCCAAAGUGAUAAUGAAUAAUUGGUUACUAACCUAACACACCUGAUGUAGAGGCACUGAAAGCUAUGCACAUCAUUGAACGUACGCCUACUCCAUCUCGCUCCAGCUCACCAGAAAUCAUUGAUCAUGGCAGCAGUGACUCUACAGCUACUCACGCAAGCUUGGCAAGACAGAUGGCUGAGAUAGAACAGAUGCGAAGGGAACUCGCGGAGCAGAUGGCGAGUUUACAGAGAUCAUCUACAAAUUCGGUAGGUAGAGGUGACCAAUCGAGCAGUCGAAAGAGAAUCAAGAGAGAAGAAGAUGAUAAGCCUGGAGGCAGUCAAAAAUUAGUCAAGCGCCGCAGAGCUGAGAAAGGCAAAGGAAAGAUCACAGUGGACUUGACGGGCGAUAGCGAGGAUGAAGGGGCGAAAUCUCCAAGGGUGUCGAGUGAUGACGAGGGACUAAGGUCCAAUGAAUUGGUGGAGGAUGAUGAUGAUUAUGACGACGACGAUAAUUUAUUUGUUCGGGAUAAUCGAGCAUGAGUAUUCAUAACAAUGGAAGAACAAGAACAUAUAUCGGUAUUGCGGAAUUAGAAUGAAGGAAUAAUGGACGUUUGAUAGCUUGGUAGUCUGCAAGGCUUUUAAAGAUACGUAUGGAUGAUGGAGGUAAAGGCUAGGGGAGACAAAAGUACAUGUCUUUACAACGACGAUUUUAAGCACCGAUUCUUAGGAGAAGAGGCUGAUAUACCAUGAAAGAAGAAACUCAUGAGAAAACAAAGGGAAGUCUGAAAUGGCGAUGGACUAUCACAGUUAUGGAAUGGACUUUAUAAUCAUUUUAAGGAUUUCAGAGCUGAGCUCACCAGCUUGUAGAUGGAAGAUAGUGAGAAUAAUCAAAUAAUGACUUUAGGGAG